AUGAAGAAAAAGGUAGUGAUCAAGGUGACACUGAAUGGCCAGAAGUCCCGCUCCAAAGCCUUGAAGAUUGCAGUUGGGUUUUCAGGGGUUGAAUCUGCCGGUAUUGGAGGGCAAGAUAAGAGCCAGAUAGAGGUAGUAGGAGAUGGAGUUGAUGUAGCCAAACUCACAAUUUUGCUGAGAAAGAAAAUGGGCUAUGCUGAUUUAGUAAGCGUGGCAGAUGUGGGAGGAGAGAAGAAAGAAGAGAAAAAAGAAGAGGCAAAAGUGCAGCCUGUUGUCUGGUCCAUGUAUGGUGGUGGCACGCCUCACACCUACAUCCAUUACCCAUCCAACCAUUAUCAGGACCCUUCUUGCUCGAUCAUAUACAUAUAG